AGAGACGAAGCUGCUGAUGUUAUAGCUGACUUAAAAGCACAUGGUAUUAAUGAAAUUGUAUUAAUUUCUGGUGACCAUGAUGCACCAACUAAAGAGCUAGCUCGCCAAUUAAAUAUUGAUCGCUACUUUGCUGGUGUGUUACCGAAUGAAAAAGCAGAUUAUGUGAAGUUACUGCAAGAUGAAGGCAAGAAAGUCAUGAUGGUAGGUGAUGGUAUUAAUGACUCUGCCGCCCUUUCUCAUGCCGAUAUAGGUGUUUCCUUAAAAG